CGGCCCUUUGUGCCGCACAUCCCCUUUGAUUUCUAUGUCUGCGAAAUGGCUUUCCCCCGCGUCAAACCAGCCGCUGACGAGACCGCCUUCAGCGAAGCCUUGCUGAAGAGAAACCAGGAUCUUGCUCCGACCGCCGCUGAACAGGCUUCCAUUCUUUCCCUGGUGACCAAAAUAAACAACGUGAUCGACAACUUAAUUGUAGCACCAGGAAUGUUUGAAGUGCAAAUCGAGGAGGUUCGCCAGGUGGGUUCCUACAAGAAGGGCACCAUGACGACGGGGCACAACGUGGCCGAUCUGGUUGUGAUUCUGAAAAUCUUACCCACCCUGGAAGCUGUGGCAGCCUUGGGAAACAAAGUCGUGGAAAGCCUGAGAGCGCAGGACCCCAGCGAAGUCCUGACCAUGCUGACCAAUGAGACUGGCUUUGAGAUCAGCUCAGCUGACGCGACGGUGAAGAUCCUGAUCACCACGGUGCCACCCAAUCUCCGCAAGCUGGACCCCGAGCUACACCUGGAUAUCAAAGUGCUGCAGAGCGCCCUGGCUGCCAUCAGACACGCUCGCUGGUUUGAGGAGAACGCUUCCCAGUCCACGGUGAAGGUCUUAAUCCGGCUGCUGAAAGACCUGAGGAUUCGAUUCCCGGGCUUUGAGCCCCUCACGCCCUGGAUUCUGGACCUGCUGGGGCACUACGCCGUGAUGAACAACCCCACCAGGCAGCCCCUGGCUCUCAACAUCGCCUACAGGCGCUGCCUUCAGAUCCUGGCCGCGGGGCUCUUCCUCCCUGGAUCUGUCGGCAUCACUGAUCCCUGCGAGAGCGGCAACUUCAGAGUCCACACAGUCAUGACCCUCGAGCAGCAGGACAUGGUGUGCUACACGGCGCAGACGCUCGUCCGGAUCCUCUCGCACGGAGGCUACAGGAAAAUCCUCGGUCAAGAGGGCGACGCCAGCUACCUGGCUUCCGAAAUGUCCACCUGGGAUGGAGUGAUAGUGACACCUUCCGAGAAGGCUUAUGAGAAGCCUCCGGAGAAGAAGGAAGGAGAAGAGGAAGAGGAGAAUCAGGAAGAACCUGCUACAGGCGAGGAGGAGGAAAGCAUGGAGACGCAGGAGUGA